AUGGUAGAUGAAGCUUGCUAUGGUUUUCCGUCUGAUGAGGACAUAGUUACAAUAGAUGGAGAAGGAGAUCCUAUACUUACAUAUGCAAAGGCAACCCUAACAAGAGAUGUAAAUAUUGAACCCACAGUAGGAUUGGCAUUUACUGAUGAAGAUGAAGCUUAUGAUUACUAUAAUAACUACGCAAAAUUGAUAGGGCAAGGUUUUCGUAGUGAGAUGUAUGAUGGGAGUGAAAAUGCUCACCCCAACACGAAAUAUGGAUUUUACGCAAAGAUCCGCAUUAAGAAGGAUGAGAAGCAUAGAUGGGUUAUUGUGAAGUUUGUAAAAGAAUAUAAUCGUAUUCUCACAAUGCCCAACAAAACUAGAUUCAUUCGCUAUCAUCGAAAGAUACCAAACAUUGUGAAAAAGGUGAUUGACACAUAG